AUGCUUGGUGCAAUGCAAGACUUAGUUAAGCAACUGCAUGUUUUGGAGAAAAUGCUGGGAUCCAGGUACAAAGGCCACACUGCCUCGUUGGCUGCACAGACUGCCCUCGCUGCCUUCCUAGAGACAGAAGUACACACGACUGCAGAGACGGUGGAGCAAGCUAUCCUCCUAAACCAAACGGAGCUCGCAGAAAACGUCGAGUUCCUUAGCUCCUAUGCAAACCUGCAAAAGCUCGUUGCGGACUUAGAUAACAGCGGAGAACACCCGUACUAG